AAUCAUUGCAAAGAUCUUUACUACCUCAGAUUCAGAUUCCAUUUUAUCAACAUCAAUCAUGUCUACUCUAGAACAGCUUCGUCGUCUGACUACCAUUGUUGCAGACACUGGCGAUUUUCAGAUUCUUGAUUCGUUUAAACCACAAGAUGGAACGACCAAUCCUUCGCAUAUUUUGGGCGCAGCAAAGAACCCCAAGUACAAGCACUUAAUUACAGAAGCCGUACGCUAUGGAAUUUCUCGAUCGCAAAAUGCCGAGGAGCAGCUUGAGCAUGCCUUCAUUCGGCUCGUCGUCGGGUUUGGAGUGGAGAUUCUCAAGCACGUACCAGGACGCGUCUCGACGGAAGUUGACGCAAUACAUUCUUUCCACAAGGACAAGACUGUUACCAUGGCAAGAGAAAUCAUAGAGCUCUACGAAAAGCUCGGUGUCUCUCGUGAGCGAGUCCUCAUCAAGAUCGCCUCCACGUGGGAAGGCUUUCACGCCUGCAAGAUCUUGGAGCAAGAGAACAUCCAUUGCAACAUGACAUUGCUCUUCUCGACUGUUCAGGCAAAGCUCGCGGCAGAAGCUGGUGCCACUUUGAUAUCUCCAUUCGUCGGCAGAACCAUGGACUGGUGGCAGAAACAGGUACCGGGCAAAGAUUACUCCGGACUGAAAGAUCCUGGUGUGAAAUUGGUGUCCGACAUCUACAAAUACUACAAGUCCGAGGGAAUCAGCACCGAGAUCAUGGCUGCCAGUCUUCGCAACAUUGACGAGUGUGUACACCUGGCUGGUGUUGAUCUCAUGACCAUCAAUGUCGUUCUUCUCGAGGAGCUGAAGAACGCAGACUAUGCGGUCAAACCACGACUAGAAAAUCAUUCAAACGGACACACCCCGAAAACAAAGUCGCUCCCUCAUUACAUCAAUGACGAGGCUAAAUUCCGGUUGGACUUGUUUGAAGAUGCUGCAGCGACUGACAAAAUCGCGGAAAGUCUUCGGAUAUUCUUCAAAGAUGGAGAGGAGUUGAAACGUAUGCUAGCGCAGGAAAGAGAAGCGCAGAUUAAUUGA